AAGAUCGAUGUCAAUAGAUUUUCUUCGAGUAGUCCUGCACUGAUUCUUGCGGCACGUCGCGGUCACAUCGAAGUAGUAAGAUUACUGCUCGAGCACCCAGAGAUCGAUGUUAACAGCCGAGAGUUCAAUCGCGAUACCCCACUGGUGGGUGCGGCAAGCCGUGGUCACAUCGAAGUAGUGAGACUACUGCUCCAACACCCAGAGAUUGAUGUCAAUAUCAAGGGUCGUUGGAAUUGGACACCACUGCAAAGUGCCAGGCGCAAUUCAUACCAAGAAAUAUUAGACCUUCUGUUGUCCCACGGUGCCAUAGAA